UGAACAGUAACAGCUGGGCCUUCCAGUCAGGUUUCAUGAGGUAUAAUGAUUUGAUAUCUGUAAUUGUAUGCUAUUUGAUGAAGUGGCCAGACCGAGGUCCUAAUCUCAUGUCGCAAUCAGGGGCGGACUGACAACUCAUGGGGCCCCCGGGCAAUAGGGGAUCAUGGGGCCCCUGUGUCCUUGCCCAAACGCAAAAAAGCCUAUGAAAAAAGGUACCAGGGGCAUCUCAUGGGGCCCCCUACUGACCUCGGGCCCUCGGGCAGUGCCCGAGUUUCCAAAUGGUCAGUCCACCCCUGGU